AUUUAACAAAACACCAGAAAAUCUGAAAUCUCUUAGGGUUCAUAUGGAGCACGCACCUGAUAAUGGAGGCAGUAAUGGUGGUUUCGACAGUGGCACAAGAGAAGUGCGACCACCGAAUCUUGAAGUGGAUGAUAAAAUGGAAGAAAGAGUAUUCUUUGAUGAGAUGAUAGAAGAGUUAGAUGAUACAGAGGAAUUUCAAGGAAUGUAUCAAGAUGAAAUUGAGCAGGAAGCUGUGAAUUCUGAGGAUUUAGGGGAGCAUGAAUUUCAAAAAAUAUUUGAUGGGAACGAUUUUUCACAUGAGGUGGAUGAAUUAUAUCGAAUAGAAGAUAUUGAAAAUAUUGCCAUGGUUAAUUUUCUUAACAUAGGUGCUCAUGAGAUGGAAUGCUUUCAUUUUCCUAAUCUUCAGAUAGCAUUUGAUUUCUAUAACCAUUAUGCGAAAUCUGUUGGUUUUGGUGCUAGAAAAAGUAAGACUUGAAAAAAUAGCAAAGGAGAAUAUGUGAAGCAAUUGUUUGUGUGCUCUCGUGAGGGAUUUAGACCAGAAAAAUAUUAUAAUAUGGAAAACAGAAAAAGGGAGCCAAAAUCUGAGACUCGUUGUGGUUGUCUGGCUAGGUUUGUAGUUCGUUUUGUGGCUUACACUGGAAGAUGGCAUGUGGCUUUGUUUGUUGAAUCGCACAAUCAUGAUUGCCUUGAUCCUAGGUUAGUUGGUUUCCUUCCUACACAAGAAAAAUGGCAGAAGCUGAUGCUAGUCAAAUGAACAACAUGAAGGAUGCAGGCAUUAGCAUACCCCAUAUAUAUGCUAUGUUAGCUAAUCAAGCAGGUGGUUAUGAAAAUGUUAAUUAUACCUUAAGGAAUAUGUAUAAUGAGAUUGCUAGGCGAAGGCGUCAUGUCCUGGGUGAUGCUAGAGCGGCAUUGCGAUACCUCAAAAACCAGAAAGCUGAAGAUACAAGCCUCUAUUAUGAGCACAUAGUUAAUGCUAAAGGGGUAUUGCGAGCUCUAUUUUGGUGUGAUGGAAGAAGCCAAUUAGAUUAUGGAGUAUUUGGAGAUGUGCUUGCCUUUGAUGUGACAUACAAGAAGAACAAGUACUUGUGUCCGGUAGUAGUGUUUUCCGGUGUGAAUCAUCACAACCAAAUAGUGGUAUUUGGAAGUGCUCUAGUUACCGAUGAGAGUAAGGAGGUCUACGUGUGGUUAUUACAGCAACUAUUGGCAGCCAUGAAGGGAAAAGCACAUAUAUCUGUGAUUACAAAUGGUGCUCCACCAAUGAGAUUUGCAAUUGAGACGGUAUUUUCAAAUGCCCAUCAUAGAUUAUGUGCUUGGCACCUCAUUCGGAACGCCACAAGUAAUGUUGGAAACCCAAAAUUUACAUCUAUGCUCAAGAAGUGCAUGCUUGGAGAUUAUGAGAUUAGUGUGUUUGAGCAGAAGUGAUUUGGAAUGGUUGAGGAGUUUGGUGUAGCUGAAAAGAAUUGGAUUAUUGACAUGUACGAGAAAAGGCAUAUAUGGGUCACUGCACAUAUUCGAGGCAAGUUUUUUGCAGGAUUUAGGACAACUUCUCGAUGCGAAGGUUUGCACUCUAUUAUUGCAAAAUAUGUUAAAUCUCAAUACAAUUUGGUUGAUUUCAAAAAGCAUUUUAAGCGGUGUCUUACCUACCUAAGAUAUAAGGAGGUUGAAGCUGACUAUGUUUCCAUAUCUGGUCUUCCGGUACUUAAAACAGCAUUAGAACCUCUGGAAAGGUCUGCAUCAAAUUUCUAUACACGAGAGUUAUUUUUUAUAUUUCGACCAAUGCUUGUUAGGGCUGCAAGAAUGAAGGUUGUGCAAGAUGUGUCAUUUGAUUCAUUUGUACUUUAUACAAUAUCUAAAUAUGGAAGUCUAAAUAGUUCAUGGGAGGUGUCUGUGGAUAAUGAAAGGACGAAGUUUAAUUGUUCAUGCUUAAGGAUGGAUUCUUUUAGAAUUCCGUGUGAGCAUAUAGUUUGUGUGCUGGUAUUUCUUAACAUCCUUGAGCUGCCAAAGUCUCUUGUGUUGACAAGAUGGUCGAAGAAUGCCAAGACAAGCACUUUCGAUUCAAGUGGCGUUACUUGGGAGUCUAUAAUAUUGAGUCAAUAUGGAUGCUUGAUGGAUUGGUGUCAGCAGCUGUCCUAUGUCGCUAGUCGAAGACAGGAGAGAUUCCACCUUAUUCGAGAUACUGUUAUGAGCCUAAUCGAAGAUUUCAAGAUUGAAGAUGAACAAGAAAAGCAAGUUGGUGCGCAAGCUGAUGAUUCAGAUGGUAUUUUUCCUAAGAAUCCACAAAGUUGUAGGUCUAAGUGUCGUCCAAGUGAGAAGAUCAAACGAAAACCACAACGAUGUAGUAUUUGUCGCAUGGAAGGGCACAAUAAAAAAUCUUGUCCAUUGGCAAAGAACAUUCAGCAGCAGACCAAUGCAACUUCUUAUGGCAUAAAUAGGAACCAUGUUGAGAAAGAUUUAGAUGCAGAUGCAGAAAUGGAAUUUUGGGCAUCUGAUCUUGAAGAAGAUUAUAAAGAACAAGAGUUUUGGGCAGGAGAUUCUGAUGCAAGUGUCGACAUGAAACUUAGUGAAGAGUUCUCGAUUUAGUAUUAUAUAAAUUAUUAUUAUGUGAUAUUUGAAUAAAACUUGAGUAAUUUAUUAUGUGAUAUUUGAAUAAAACUUGAGUAAUUGAAUUUUGUGUAUGAAUUUUCAUGAUGAACUUGGUCUUAUUUGCUUAAUUGCUAUGAAAAAGGUGAGAUUUGAGACAAGAUUGGUAUAUUUACAAUAAUGAGUACAUUUUGAGUUAUGGCUUACAAGAGACGGUUUUGUGAUCUUGUAAUUGUAAGAUGCAGAACUCAGCAAGAAGAGUCUUAUUAUGAUUAGUUAAAGCAUAAAAGAUUGUAAAAGAAGUGCAGUUGGGUUAAUUGUGAAGAAGGCUCA